GGUCCUUCAUUUACCUACGAUUUCAAUGGCGCCAAAUAUUGCUGUGGACAACCAUCGUGAGCCGAGGGAGCCAAUCUCGACAUUCGCAGUGUUGGACUUGGAAACGUCGAAUUUGCCUGAACAUAGGAAUAAUCGUGUUAGCAUCACGGAAUUGUGCAUCUACGCCUUUGAUGCUGCUAUUUUAUUGAAUAAUACGCGCUCAAGUGACUCCAACCCAGCAGAUGAACCGGUAAUCAAUGUACUGCCCUCGGCACCAAGAGUGAUGCACAAGUUGAAUCUACUAUUCCAACCGUCAAUGCUUGUGCUUCCGGAAGCAGAAAUUAUUACAGGCUUAAGCAACUACCUUUUGGAGCGGGAGUCAAAGCUGAAUGAGAAUGCAGGCGAACUUAUUAAGAGGUUCCUGGAGCAUCUGCCCCCUCCCGUAUGUCUAGUUGCGCAUAAUGGCUGGCCAUUUGAUUUCCCCAUUAUUAAGCAGGCGCUUGGGAAGGUGAAUAUCAGUUUGCCAGCCUCAACACUUUGCGUUGAUUCACUGAGCGCUUUCAUGGCUAUUGACGAUAAGCGAAAUGAUAAGCCAGUUGUUGUUGUUGAGGAGAGUACUUUGCCAAUUGAAACUAGAGGCGAGCUCGUUGAUGCUGCUGACAAUUCAACUGAGAUAGCUGUUACCCCAAAGGAAAUCAACUGGCAGGCACUAAACGAAAGCACGCCCAAGCGCCAAAUUCUGAACCGUCAAGCUGCAGCACUUAAACGCCAGCACAUGGACGUCGACGGCACGGAAUUUCCAGCCAUCAAGCGGUCAUCCAACGAUAUAAAAGCACGACGUCAACUUUUUACUGGACUCAAAAGUUCCACCACAAAACGUUAUCCACCCUGCGGUGUCUAUGGUUUAUCAAAAAUGUAUAGCCGUAUAUUCGAGCGACCGGCUGUCAAUGCCCAUGAAGCGGAGGCGGAUGUCAGCAUGCUCACUAAGCUCAUUCAACACUACGGCGUAGAUUUUCUUGCUUUUGCCGAGGAGCAAUCCAUUCCAUUCGCAGAUGUUGUGCCACUUGGUGGCAAGGCCCCAAAUUCCACUAAAUAAUUAAUUUUAAAUUUUACAACGUAAUACGUAUGCAUGCGU